CCCGCCCGACGGGCAGCGAGCGGCAGGGAGUCUCCCCGAGGCCCCGCCCCGAGAGGGCGCCCAGCCUCCCUGGGCCUUGAGUCAGGAGCUGCCAUCAGUCAUGCUCUUAAACGGGGACUGCCCAGAGAGCCUGAAGAAGGAGGAAGGGGCGGCCGAGCCACCCAGGGAAAAUGGGCUUGAUGAGGCCGACCCGGGAGACGAGACCACCGGCCAGGAAGUCAUUGUCAUUCAGGACACGGGCUUUUCUGUGAAGAUCCUCGCCCCUGGGAUCGAGCCCUUCUCCCUGCAGGUGUCCCCACAGGAGAUGGUGCAGGAGAUCCACCAGGUGCUCAUGGACCGUGAGGACACGUGUCACCGCACCUGCUUCUCGCUGCACCUGGACGGCAACGUGCUGGACCACUUCUCGGAGCUGCGCAGUGUUGAGGGGCUGCAGGAGGGCUCCGUGCUGCGCGUGGUGGAAGAGCCGUACACGGUGCGUGAGGCCCGCAUCCACGUGCGCCACGUCCGAGACCUGCUCAAGAGCCUGGACCCAUCCGAUGCCUUCAACGGGGUUGACUGCAACUCCUUGUCCUUCCUGAGUGUCUUCACCGACGGCGACCUGGGAGACAGCGGGAAGCGGAAGAAGGGCUUGGAGAUGGAUCCCAUCGACUGUACACCGCCCGAGUACAUCCUGCCAGGGAGCCGGGAGCGGCCACUGUGUCCCCUGCAGCCCCAAAACCGCGACUGGAAGCCCUUGCAGUGCCUGAAAGUACUCACCAUGAGCGGCUGGAACCCGCCCCCGGGGAACCGGAAGAUGCAUGGGGACCUCAUGUACCUGUUUGUGAUCACGGCCGAGGACCGGCAAGUCAGCAUCACCGCGUCCACACGGGGCUUUUACCUGAAUCAGUCCACGGCUUAUCACUUCAACCCCAAGCCCGCCAGCCCCCGCUUCCUCAGCCAUUCCCUGGUGGAGCUGCUCAACCAGGUCAGCCCGGCCUUCAGGAAGAACUUCGCUGUGCUGCAGAGGAAAAGGGUCCAGCGCCACCCGUUCGAGAGGAUCGCCACCCCAUUCCAGGUGUACAGCUGGACAGCACCCCAGGCGGAGCAUGCCAUGGAUUGCGUGCGCGCAGAGGAUGCCUAUACCUCGAGGCUGGGCUACGAGGAGCACAUUCCUGGACAGACCCGAGAUUGGAAUGAGGAGCUGCAGACGACGAGGGAGCUGCCUCGCAAGAACCUGCCUGAGCGGCUGCUCCGAGAAAGGGCCAUAUUCAAGGUGCACAGCGACUUCACCGCGGCAGCCACCCGGGGUGCCAUGGCCGUCAUUGACGGCAAUGUGAUGGCCAUCAACCCCAGCGAGGAGACCAAGAUGCAGAUGUUCAUCUGGAACAACAUCUUCUUCAGCCUGGGCUUCGACGUCCGAGACCACUACAAGGACUUCGGGGGGGACGUGGCAGCCUACGUGGCGCCCACCAACGACCUGAACGGCGUCCGCACCUACAACGCGGUGGACGUGGAGGGGCUGUACACGCUGGGCACGGUGGUGGUGGAUUACCGCGGCUACCGCGUCACGGCCCAGUCCAUCAUCCCCGGCAUCCUGGAGCGGGACCAGGAGCAGAGCGUCAUCUACGGCUCCAUCGACUUCGGGAAGACCGUGGUGUCGCACCCGCGGUACCUGGAGCUGCUGGAGCGCACGAGUCGGCCCCUCAAGAUCCUGCGGCACCGGGUGCUCAACGACCGGGACGAGGAGGUGGAGCUCUGCUCCUCGGUCGAGUGCAAGGGCAUCAUUGGCAACGACGGGCGCCACUAUAUCCUCGACCUGCUGCGCACCUUCCCCCCAGACCUCAACUUCCUGCCGGUGCCUGGCGAGGAGCUGCCUGAGGAAUGCGCCCGCGCCGGCUUCCCGCGCAUGCAGCAGAAAGCCAGCCAGCUGGAGACCCCCUCCUCCCUGGAAAAUGGUGGUCCUUCCUCCUUGGAGUCCAAGUCUGAGGACCCUCCAGGACCAGAGGCGGGAAGUGAGGAGGAGGGGAGCAGUGCCAGUGGCCUGGCCAAGGUGAAGGAGCUGGCAGAGACCAUCGCCGCAGACGACGGCACAGACCCUCGGAGCCGGGAGGUGAUCCGCAACGCGUGCAAGGCGGUCGGCUCCAUCAGCAGCACCGCCUUCGACAUUCGCUUCAAUCCUGACAUCUUCUCACCAGGGGUUCGCUUCCCUGAGUCCUGCCAGGAUGAAGUUCGGGACCAGAAGCAGCUGCUGAAGGACGCGGCUGCCUUCCUGCUCUCCUGCCAGAUCCCUGGCUUGGUGAAGGACUGCGUGGAGCACGCGGUGUUGCCCAUGGACGGGGCGACGCUGGCUGAGGUGAUGCGCCAGCGUGGCAUCAACAUGCGUUACCUGGGCAAGGUGCUGGAGCUGGUGCUGCGGAGCCCGGCCCGCCACCAGCUGGACCACGUCUACAAAAUCGGCAUUGGAGAACUCAUCACCCGCUCGGCCAAGCACAUCUUCAAGACGUACUUACAGGGAGUCGAGCUCUCCGGCCUCUCAGCCGCCAUCAGCCACUUCCUGAACUGCUUCCUGAGCUCCUACCCUAACCCUGUGGCCCACCUGCCCGCCGACGAGCUGGUCUCCAAGAAGAGGAAUAAGAGGAGGAAAAACCGGCCCCCCGGGGCUGCAGAUAACACAGCCUGGGCUGUCGUGACCCCCCAGGAGCUCUGGAAGGACAUCUGCCAGGAGGCCAAGAACUACUUUGACUUCCACCUCGAGUGUGAGACUGUGGACCAGGCUGUGGAGACCUACGGCCUGCAGAAGAUAACACUCCUGCGGGAGAUCUCGCUGAAAACAGGGAUCCAGGUCCUGCUGAAGGAGUACAGCUUCGACAGUCGCCACAAGCCCGCGUUCACCGAGGAGGACGUGCUCAACAUCUUCCCCGUGGUCAAGCACGUCAACCCCAAGGCCUCGGAUGCCUUCCAUUUCUUCCAGAGCGGCCAGGCCAAAGUGCAGCAGGGCUUCCUGAAGGAGGGCUGUGAGCUCAUCAACGAGGCCCUGAACCUGUUUAACAACGUCUACGGAGCCAUGCACGUGGAGACUUGCGCCUGCCUGCGCCUCCUCGCCCGCCUCCAUUACAUCAUGGGCGACUACGCAGAGGCCCUGAGUAACCAGCAGAAGGCAGUGCUGAUGAGUGAGCGGGUGAUGGGCAUCGAGCACCCCAACACCAUCCAGGAAUAUAUGCACCUGGCCCUGUACUGCUUCGCCAGCAGCCAGCUGUCCACGGCGCUGAGCCUGCUGUACCGCGCCCGCUACCUCAUGCUGCUGGUGUUCGGGGAAGACCACCCCGAGAUGGCGCUGCUGGACAACAACAUCGGGCUGGUGCUGCACGGGGUGAUGGAGUACGACCUGUCGCUGCGCUUCCUGGAGAACGCGCUGGCCGUCAGCACCAAGUACCACGGGCCCAAGGCCCUCAAGGUGGCCCUCAGCCACCACCUUGUCGCCCGCGUCUACGAGAGCAAAGCUGAGUUCCGGUCGGCCCUGCAGCACGAGAAGGAGGGUUACACCAUCUACAAGACGCAGGUGGGCAGGCCGCGCUGCGGCAGGGGUGGGGCUGUGGCUCCCUGCAGCCCAGCGGGCGCGGGAGCCCCGCUCACGGCUCCUUUCCCCGCCCCGCAGUUCACAGCCCCCAGCAUGGCCAGCGUCUUGGAGCAGCUGAACGUCAUUAACGGCAUCCUCUUCAUUCCUCUCAGCCAAAAAGACCUGGAGAAUCUGAAAGCCGAGGUGGCGCGGCGGCACCAGCUCCAGGAGGCCAGCAGAAACAAGGAUAGGGCCGAGGAGCCCAUGGCCACCGAGCCCGCGCCAGCGGGGGCCCCAGAGGACCUGGGCUCCCAGCCCCCGGCUGCCAAGGACCCUUCUCCCAGCGUGCAGGGAUAGAGAGGGAGACAGACGGACAGUCAGCCAGCGGCCCCGUCACCAGGGAGCCAGACUCCAGGAGAAGGGGGCGUGCCUGCGGGCGGAAGAGGAAGCAAGGCCCUCUUCUUCCACGUUUCACCCCACCCCACCCCCGUAUCUUCCUGGGACCCUGGCCUGCCUGCCCCGCAAAUGGUGUUUUUGCACUGGUUCAAUGAAUAUAUGAUGCAGAGGCCCCAUUGAAGACACGUGAA